CUCUUCUCAUCUGUUUUUAAUCCACUGGUCUUAACUCCUACAAUCUCCGUCAUACGUUCUUCACUCCGAGCGGAUAACGCCACUCAAAAUGCAGAAACGCCAAUUUUGGGUCUUUGUGACGGUCUUAGCCUCAAACUUCGUCGCGGCUAGUCCUGAUCCAGUACCCAUCAAUGUUGGGGCUUGCAGCAAUAUCAAGAUUGCCACAUGUUGUGCUGGUUAUAUUGACAAAAGAGAGUGCUGUGACAAUCCUGGGACUUUUGGUUGUAAUUAAACAAAAGCUUUUCCCGAAGAUCAGAUUGCUACCCGAUUCCUGAUCAGAUGAGCAAGUAGGGCCGUGACACUGUGUCACAGCCGCC